AUGGCUGCAGAUGAAGGAAAGAUAAAACUCGAGAAAUUCGAUGGUGCAGAUUUCGGGUUUUGGAAGAUGCAGAUCGAAGAUUACCUAUACCAGAAAAAGCUAUAUGAACCUCUCUCGGAAACUAAGCCAGAGGGAAUGAAAGAUGAAGAUUGGAAUCUUCUUGACAGACAAGCCCUCGGAGUUAUCCGAUUAACGUUAUCGCGCAAUGUUGCUUUUAAUAUAGCAAAGGGAAAGACUACGGCAGGUCUUAUGAAAGCUCUCUCAAAUAUGUAUGAGAAGCCAUCAGCCUCUAAUAAAGUUCAUUUAAUGAGGCGGUUAUUCAAUUUGCGGAUGACGGAAGGUGCAUCGGUAGCUCAACAUCUCAACGAACUUAAUUCAGUCACAACUCAAUUAAGUUCAGUCGAAAUAGAUUUUGAAGAUGAAGUUUGA